UUCAGGAGUACAGAGUGAAACUGGGAUGAACUCAGAGCGUCGUGUUUCUCUGCUGCUUUCAUUGUUGAAUUUGGACGACGUUCAAUCAGAUUAGGAAGCAGCUAAAGCCGCCACAGAUCUCCAAGGUGAGCACAUCGACUGAAAACCAGGACAGAAAACAUUCGGAGCAGAAGAUGAAGAUGACGAAGAUCCUGCUGCUGCUGCUGCUGGCGGCGGUGGCCGAUGCUAAAGUCUUUAUCCAAACGUGCCUGGAUGGUUACCGUGGCAUCAGCCUGGCCAACUGGGUUUGCCUGACCCAACACGAGUCACAUUUCAACACCAGAGCCACCAACCGCAACACCGACGGCUCCACCGACUACGGCAUCUUCCAGAUCAACAGCAAGUACUGGUGCAGAGACGGCGGAGUCUCAAGAUCCAACGGAUGCGGCAUCGACUGCAGCCAACUCCAGACAGACGAUGUGACCGCGGCGAUCACCUGCGCCAAACGCGUCGUCAGGGAUCCCAACGGUAUCAGAGCAUGGGUGGCCUGGAACACUUACUGUCAGAACCGAGACCUGAGCAGCUACCUGAGCGGCUGCAGACUCUAACUGGACCUGAAGACGGAUGAACCUUCAUCCAGAAACAUUAAUGUCUGUAGCGUUUAGAGAUCCGGUCCCGGUUAAAUAAAACUAAGUACACCCCUGA